AUGAGCCGAUUGACAAGGUAUCGCGAUGGGCGGGAAGAUCCUCGUCCAUGCAGAUUUGAAUUCAGAUGUAUUGGAAUAUUCGGAAUGAACGUUGACACGUCAGAACGAGAUCUGGAAAGUAUAUUCCAAGAAUUUGGAGAAAUCGAUUAUAUCAAAAUUGUACGGGACCAUGUAACUGGGAGGAGCCGCGGGUUUGGCUUCGUUUACUACCUCAGAACACGGGAUGCCGCAACGGCAAGGGAAGAAUUGAGGGAUGCGCGGAUUGAUGGAAUGCGCGUUCGGGUCGACUUUUCCGUAACAAGCAGUGCAUCCAGGUACCGAGGAACGGCUGGACGCCAGAAGAGGCUAGAAACCUCACGGUAUUCAUAG